ACACAUGGAUUAUUAUUUUAUACAAUUUAUUAAAUCAUUUAUAAAUAUAUUUCACUAAUAAUGACGAAAAAAACAACCGUUGAUAUAGCUUCAUUAAAUGGUAUAUUAAAAUUCACAAGAAAUGAUGAUACAAAGACAAUUUUUUCAAACAACCAAGAAACAAUCAAAAAAUUUUUUUGGGAACAUAAUAUGUAUGAUAAAAAAAAUAUUCCUUCCCUUUUUGAAUGUUUAUUCAAUAAAAAUAGACAUAGAUUUACAGAGGUAGAAGAUUUCAGCGAGAUUAGUCCUAUCAAAGCAAAUACAAAGAGUGAAGAGGAUGAAGAGGAAGAAGAGGAAGAAGAGGAUGAAGAGGAAGAAGAGGAAGAAGAGGAAGAAGAGGAAGAAGAGGAAGAAGAGGAAGAAGAGGAAGAAGAGGAAGAAGGGUGUGAAAAGAAUCAAGAUUUAGGUUUUGAGGAGCAAACUGAAGAAAAAAAAGUAAUACGUGAUCCCUCUCCAGAAGAAGAUGAAAUCAUUCAAUCAUAUAAAAUAUCAUCAUUUUCUAAAGAAGAAGUUGAUGGUUUAUUUAAUGAAAUAGAUGAUUUCGAUAUUGUUUUAUCAAUAUGUGUGGAAUAUUUUAAAGAAAUAUCAAUUAAAUUUAUGGAUUCUGUAGUUUCAGCGACUAACACACCUGAUUCGUGUAUUUAUCAAAUGUUAAAAGAAAACCCAAAUAAAGAAGAAAUUUCUGAAAUGUUAUGGAUUAAAAAUCAAC